UUCGUUCAGUUUCAAAAUGAAGAGAUACUGCGUCUUACUCGCUGGUAUCAUACUGCUUUCCCAAUAUUCAUCAACACAUGAUGGUACCUUGUUGCUGAAAUAUCGAAGCGAUGUCGAUGGCGUACAAUCUCAUAACGAUGCGGUGGCUAAUUUGAUAAACACAGCAGUUGCAGAUCAUUUUCCUACCAGCGGCUCUUGCAGAAUCGAUCCGAACAACAAAUCGAUCACCGUCCAAAACUUAAGAUUCCAUUGUAGUCAGAAACAACUUCAAAGGAUUUUCUUGAAUUUGACCCCUCGAUCGUUACCAAGUGGCAGUUUACGAGGCUACACAAUACUUGGACAUGAAAAACACCAUGACGGGCUAAUCGGCCUAGUAUGGCAUGGCAAAACAUUUAACUAUCCUAAUGGAGGUGGACGAGGCGUUGUCACCAAUAAUGUCGUGCAUGUAUUCGAAUUGUUGCGAGCUUCAAUUUUUCCAUCCAUUGCACCGAUGGACGGUAGAAAAGCGUUCGAAAUCGAUUAUAGAGGGGAUAUUUUGUCCUUUCUGAUGGUCGAUUAUCUGAGAAACGUUCAUCCGAAUUUGUACUUGGGAUAUUUUGCAUUUCGAGCGUUCAACAAAGUUCCCAUUGGAUAUUUUUUGUUGGAAAGUGAUUAGUGUUUGGUGGAGUAGAAAAUUAUUUACCAACUGGGUGUAUGUGUACACAACAAAAAAUCACAAAAUAUUAAAAAUGAAAUAAAAU